AUGUCCUUCCUCUUCUGCUUCUCCGCCGACGUCUUCCUCGUCCUCCUCGCCAUCCUCUUCCCUCCCCUCCCCGUCUGGAUCAAGCGUGGCAUCUGCUCCGCUGACUCCCUCAUCAACAUCGCCCUCUGCAUGCUCGGCUUCCUCCCCGGUCUUCUGCACUCCUGGUACAUCAUCGCGCGCUUCCCCGAAGAGCCCUUCAUCGACCCCAGAGACCUUGAGGCGCAGGAGUUCAGCAGAAUCAACGGCCGCGCCGGCGUCCCCGUCGCCUACUCCCGCGCCGAGUUUGUCUACUCGCCCAUCCCCCAGACCGACGGCGCCGCCAUCGCCCACCCGCACUCCCCUGCUCCUCAGGAGACCGGCGUCGUUGCCGCUCCUGCGCCUGCCCCCGCCACCCAGCAGCAGGACCCACUCAUCGACCUCGCCGGUCCCAGCACCAGCACCGAGGUCGUUCCUCCUCCUUAUGAGGAGUACGAGGGUCAGAACGUCAAGGACCACAAGAUCCAGCUCAACGACAACCAGUAA